CAACUCACGAUACCCUCGCACACCUUCAUACCACACUAUACAGGAAAGAAGAAGCGGAAGGGGGGAGUAAUAAAAAAAUAAAGAAAAAAUAAAGAAAAAUGCCCCAUACACUUGCACAACUAGAAGCUUGGAUAAUCAAGCGCUCAUACGAGGUCGGUUUCGGCGAUAACGGUACCUUUCUUGGAAAGAAAGUAUUAUUACAAAAGUUGCAACGAGAUAGGCUCAAGCACGGCUUCGCUACCUUCACGGAUGAGGAGACAAAGGUGGUCUUGGCAAAGCUGUGCACCCAGGGACUCGCAAUGAGGUUAAAUGAGGAAGGUGCAGCCCGGGCUCGCGACUUGAGAGAUCCUGAGGACAGGAAUGGGACUGCGAACGGGACUCCGAAAGGCACCCCGAACGGGGCUGCGAAUGGCACCGCUGGACCCGCAAAAGGGAGCAGCCCUUCUGCAACACCCAGUGCUACCCCGGCUCCCCACAACAGAUGGGACGUACCGCCCAUGCCUACCGCUUCCAAGAGUGUUAGUCCCGAUUUCUUUGACGCCAUCAGCGAACCGGUUGAGGUCCGUCCCUUGGAGCCAAACUCGAGCGAAGCCACGAGAAGCCAGUCUCCAAGUCUUCCCUACUGCGCCCAACACAAUAUCACCACCUCACUACAAUCCAUUCUCGAAGGCGCCUGCUUCAAGUUUGCCAAGUGCCACGUCCCGGAGCUGCUCGCUCGGAAACGAUGGACUUGUGCUCACUCGGCAGAACUUUCCAUGUGGACAAAGGAGCUGUCAAAAACAUUCGAGCAGAAAUCACCUACCAUUCGGCUCGACAAGAUUGGUGGCACAGCUCAGCUCCCCCUACUGCUAAAGAGUCUCGACGACCUUCGCCACAGUGCUGUUCAUCGAAUACCUGUUUCACCCGACAAGCUAAUUCUAUUCAUCCAUGCCUCACUGCAAGUGGCCGAGAUUCUGGGUGAUGAGGAGAAGCAGACGGCCAUCAAAGCUAUCUUGUGUGCCGUCAAUACUGCUCUCAACAAACGGAAGGUGGAAAAGCAAAAAAUUGAGGAUGCCUUGUCUGACCAACUUCAAAGCAUCGAACUUCAAAAGAAAAAGCUAGACAAGGAAGCCAAGGAGGCCAAAAAGCAAGCCGAAGAACUGACUAGCCUGCUGGACGAUGAAUUGGGAGACACCAUAUCCCGAGAGCUACCUGUAGGCAUAAUCUCGCAUUAGCCGACCAAUAUCUCUGCUUCAUAAGGCCUCUCGCAUUCAAGACACACCUACCCGGCGGCCAUGUCAGAGAAUAUCUGGUGCUAGCCAGGCUAACAAUGGUGGACAUGUAUCGAGACAUGAAGCGUUGUAGGUGUCGAUGACAUGCGCACAAAGAAACACCUGGCAGAGUUUAUCAUCAAUAUCUGAGUAAUGAAAAUUUGGCAAGCGGGCAGGUUCUCAUGUAAUAAAAUCCUUCGGUUAUUGAUCCCUUUGUUCUAU